CUCACCGCUGGGCGGCCUCACAGCUGCAAGCACUCGCAGGGGUGGCCACGGCUGGGUCCGCACAGCUGCAGCUGCCGUCGGUGCCUUUGGUGCGACCGGCCUUGCAGCAGCAGCCGGCCUCGUCGGCCUCGGGGCAGUCGCCCAAGGCGCCGGAGGCGAUGCCCGACCAGGAGGCCCAGGCGGCCUCACAUCUACAGUACCCGGGUGAGGGAGCCUCGCUGGCCAUGCGACAGAUGGUCGCGACGACGUCCGACUCGCUGCCAUGCCGGUCCACCCCUGAGGCUGUGGCGCUGCCACCUCGGGAGGAAGGUAUGCCGCCGUCGCCGCUGCCGCCUCCGGAGGGGAGGUUCGCCGCGGGUGGAGUUGCUUCAGGGGGGCCUCACCGACACCUACCCCUGGAGUACCGAGUUCUUCUUCCGCGUCGAUGGCUUCUUCGUCGAGUUUGGCUUCACCGUCGCCGAGUCCUACCUUGCAGCGGCCUCCUCCUCCUCCGCCUGUCGUUCAGCCGACGGUGAGACGGAGCGGGCGGCAUACCGUUGCGGAGGAUGGAUCGGGGGCUACGGACGAGGAUGUCAUGCAGCGUGCCAUGAGACGCAAGGCGGAGAUGAACCUCGACAACACUGGUUAUCUACAGAUGUACGGGGAUUCUUCGUUCGUGGUUGCCUCUUCAGCGUAUGGAGAACCGAGACCUAUUUACAGAGGUCUGUACACGAUUGGAGGCUACGGCGAGGGAUACUUUUUCCCUACAUGGGUGGCAGCAUAGUCUACGGAUUGAAGCCCCACCCCCAUCUUAGGCGUUUUACGUUUCAUCGUUCCGAUAUGUAUUUCGCCUAAUUUCUAGUUUUUAUCUUUUAUUCUAGACUUGACUAUCAUAAACGGCUGUGUGCAUCCUGGUUAUGCAGAGGCUGGAUGUAAUUGCUUCCCAAGAGUAAUAAAGCA